AUGAUGCAAAACCACCAAACCUUGCAAAAAACCAGAUAUCGAACGUCUACACUUCGCAGCCAUCGUGCCAUUGAUUCCCUUGCUAGAGACGCAACACCCGUCGACAUAACACCUGCUUACGUAGCACCUCCAUUGACUUUUGCUGAAGCAUAUCUGUUUUCGAACAACAUCAACUACGCAGCUUGUGAGGAUUUGCCUGUUCUUGAAUCGUCAUUGCAUUGGAACUAUCAUCCAGCGUCAGGUGUAGUGGAUGUUGCAUUCAACAAGGCCAACGCAAAGGAUUCAAGUUGGGUUGCAUGGGCCAUCAACCCUACCUCAAAGGGCAUGCUGGGUUCACAAUCAUUCGUCGCAGUUCAUAAAUCAAAUGCCACCAUCAGAGCAUACACAUCGCCAAUAACCAGUUAUGCAACAAUACUACAAGAGGGUAAUCUCAGUUUUUCAGUUUACAACCUUUCUGCGUCAUACACAAAUGGUCGCAUCAUCAUCUUCGCAAGUUUUCAACUUCCCUCCAACAAGACUGUGGUGAACCAUGCUUGGCAAGAGGGUUUGGUUUCUGAUGAUGGCACUCUCAGGCCCCACUCUUUCUCACCCUCUAAUCUUCGAUCCUACGGAACCAUUGAUUUCAUAUCCGGCAAGGUUUCUAAAGCCACUGAAGGCGUGAACUCACGAACCAUGUUGAGAAACGUUCAUGGAAUAUUGAAUACCGUGAGUUGGGGAAUAAUGAUGCCGAUUGGAGUGAUGAUGGGUCGUUACUUGAAGGUGUUUGAUGGCUUGGGAGGCACUUGGUUUCACUUGCAUCGAGCAUGCCAAUCACUGGCCUUCUUGAUCGCCAUUGCUGGGUUUGGGAGUGGUUUGUAUAUUGGAAAUCACAAUGGGGUUCAUCAUGUUCCUCAUCGAUGCGUUGGAAUCACUCUAAUGUGUCUUGCGUCUGCACAAGUUUGUGUUGCUGUGUUUUUGAGGCCUAAGAAGGAUCACAAGUACAGAAUAUUUUGGAACAUUUUUCAUUACAUAGUUGGUUACACAACUAUUGGCUUGGCCAUAUGGAAUGUGUUGAAAGGUUUUGACAUUUUGAAUGCUGAAAAGAUGUGGAAGAAGAGCUAUUUGGGCACAAUCAUAUCACUGGCUACCAUUGCUGUCAUUUUGGAAGUUAUAACAUGGAUUUGGGUUUGCAACAAGAAGAGGACCAAGAACUCUCAGGACCGUGCUGUCAUUGGUCAACAACAGACAUAG